UAUAUUGUUUUUAAUACGUAUAUGUAAUACCAGUAUCCUAUGUUUUGUGGUUAAGCUCUCAUCUGGGAUGACUUUACAUUCCUUACAUGACCAGCGAUCCCCUUGUUUAAUUAGGAAAAUUUUUUUCUAACUUUUAUUUAAUCCACUUUUAAAACUUAUUAAGUGUUCAUCCUUUUUUUUUAAAAAAUAUACGUAUUUGUUAUCAUAAGAUCAUAAGCUAUAGCAAAAUCUAAGAUAGAAUCUCCAGCAUAAUUCCUAUCCCCAAAUUCAUGUCCACCAUGUACCCUAUCAUAACCAAUCCGAUCCUUUCCUAUGUGCUAAAUAAAGUCACCUCCUAUGUAUAACUCUUUCUCCUAUAGGUAUUGCUCUUAUUACUUCAUCCAUAUCCUCCCAAAAUUGAGUUUUAAUAUGAUUAUCUAAUCUUAUUUGAGGUGCAUGUUGAGUUUCAUGGGGAUAGUGGAGUUGAAGUAGGUUUGGAAUUCAGAAUUAAUCUUAAUGAAAUAUUCACUCUUUUGUGGAAUGCUGGAUGAAAAUAUUGUGCAUUCGUUUGCUCUUUCUUUAGUCGUUGAAAUAUAAGCAGCAGUUGAAAAGAUUAAAUAAACGUAAAUGAAGAAGAAAGCAGAGUACAAGCUGCUUAAGAGGGGAAAGUGUAUAAUUGUGAAAGUCACAAUACUAUGCCACUUUCUUAUUUUUAAUUUGGUUCAGUAAGUGGUCAACUCUAUGGGCUGUUUUUAUGACUGAACCCUUGCUGUGUGGAACAACACUUGGGCUGAAUGGUUGUAUAUCUUUUAGCUCGUUUACAGGACGGUAUGGAGCAAGAAGCUACAAAUCCCUCUUGGAAGCUUUCUUUCCCACAUGUACUUGUGGCAACCAUAGUUGCAUUCUUAUUCGGCUACCAUCUUGGAGUAGUUAAUGAACCUCUUGAAAGCAUUUCUUUUGACCUUGGUUUCAAUGGGAAUACCUUGGCAGAAGGUCUUGUCGUGAGUACGUGUCUGGCUGGUGCCUUUGUUGGAUCUCUAUUCAGUGGCUGGAUUGCUGAUGGAAUUGGGCGCCGCAAGGCUUUUCAGUUGUGUGCUUUGCCAAUGAUUAUUGGUGCUUCUAUCAGUGCAAUGAGCAAAACAUUGGCAGGUAUGCUUGUAGGGAGGUUCUUGGUUGGCAUUGGAUUGGGAGUUGGUCCUCCUGUUGCAUCUCUGUAUGUCACAGAGGUUUCUCCUCCUUCUGUGAGGGGUACUUAUGGAAGCUUCAUUCAGAUUGCAACAUGCCUAGGGCUGAUGGGGGCUCUGUUCAUUGGUAUUCCAGUCAAGGAUAUUUCUGGCUGGUGGCGUGUAUGUUUCUGGGUAUCAAUAAUUCCAGCCGCAGUUCUUGCUCUUGCCAUGGUGUUCUGUGCAGAGAGUCCACAUUGGCUAUUCAAGCAAGGAAGAAGUGCCGAAGCUGAAGCUGAAUUUGAGAAGCUUUUAGGAGGAUCUGAUGUAAAAUCUGCAAUGGCAGAAUUGUCGAAGUCAGAAAGAGGGGAUGAGACUGAUACUAUAAAAUUGUCAGACUUGCUUUACGGUCGUCAUUUCAGAGUUGUUUUUAUUGGAUCAACCCUAUUUGCUUUACAACAGCUAUCUGGAAUAAAUGCUGUGUUUUAUUUCUCUUCAACUGUAUUUAGAAGUGCUGGAGUAUCAUCAAACGUUGCAAACGUUUUCAUAGGGAUUUCGAAUUUGUUAGGGUCUAUUAUUGCACUGGUUUUGAUGGAUAAACUAGGGAGGAAGGUACUGCUUCUGUGGAGCUUCUUUGGCAUGGCAUUAUCAAUGGCUGUUCAAGUAGCUGCAGCAAGUCUGUUUACAUCAAGUUCUGGAGCUUUUUACCUCUCUGUUGGCAGCAUGCUGCUGUUCGUUUUUACUUUUGCUGUGGGAGCUGGUCCAGUUCCUGGUCUCCUCCUACCAGAAAUUUUCCCCAAUCGAAUUAGGGCAAAAGCUAUGGCAUUUUGUAUGUCAGUGCACUGGGUGUUUAAUUUCUUGGUGGGCUUGCUGUUCUUGCGGCUGCUUGAGCAAAUUGGUCCCCCGCUAUUGUAUUCAAUCUUUGGUACCGUCUGCUUGAUGGCCGUCGCUUUCGUGAAGAGGAAUGUGAUGGAAACCAAAGGAAAAUCACUCCAAGAAAUUGAGAUAGCCCUUCUUCCUCAAGAAUAUAGCUAAAUAUGGUAAUCGACGAAUGCAAGGGGUUAUGUUUUCUGAAGACUGGACAAUAAUCAGCAGGGGGGCUGCUGUAUCAGAAAAAGAAUGCUGGGUUUCCGAGGUAUAAUAGUAGGUAGAUGUAGUGGUGGCCUGGUGGUGCUUAAAUCAGUUUUUAGUUAGUAAAGUUGUAUUGGUGUUUAUUUGCCAAAGCCUAUGUAUUCUAUUAGUUUCAGUAUGUUGUAGGCAAAGUUAUUUCCCUGCAGAGUUGUUGCAUCUCCUUACCAAAGCAGUUUCAUACCAGGAAACCAAUAAUAUCAUAAUAACUCAGGA